UUACCCAAACCCAACAUCACAAGCAACAACUCGGACCCCGUGGAGAACGUGGAUUCUGUAGUAUUAACGUGUGAACCUCAGACUCAGAACACAAGCUACCUGUGGUCAGUAAACAGUAAGAGCCUCCCGGACAGCGCCAGGCUGGAGCUGUCCCUGGACAACAGGACUCUCACUUUACAUGGUGUCACAAGGAAUGACACAGGACCUUAUGAGUGUGAAACCUGGAACCCAGUCAGUGCCGGUCAUAGUGACCCAUUCACCCUGAAUGUUCUCUAUGGCCCGGAUGCCCCCACCAUUUCCCCCACAGACUCCUAUUACCGUCCAGGGGCAAACCUCAGUCUCUCCUGCCACUCAGCCUCUAACCCGCCUGCACAGUAUUCUUGGCUUAUCAAUGGGAGCCCCCAGCCAUCCUCACAGGAGCUCUUUAUCCCCAACAUCACUGUGAAUGAUACUGGAUCCUAUGCCUGCCUUGUUUAUAACCCUGGCACUCGCCUCAAUAAGUUCACGGUCAAGACUAUCACAGUCUCUGGUAAGUGGAUCCCUGAAGCAUUUACAUCAAGCACUGUGGUGGAGAUCUUCCUGGUUUCCAGAAAAGAGCCUAGAAGAAGUUAUUUUGCAUUUGCUUGUGACUCAGAUCUGUCCUUGAACUCUCCCAUCACAUGUCUGCAGAUGCUUCCUCCCUGUGCUGUCUGAUUUCUCAUGGCAGAUCUUGAGAUCUGAGAUCUGAGAUCUCCCAGUCCAGUCUGCAGUGUGGGGAGGGGAUUCUGUCAGCUCCCAAAACCCCCACACAUAUAAGGCGCCUUUGCAGGUGGG